UCUAGCUUUACAGUAGCAGUGUUCGCCAUUUUAAGAGUUUGGAGAAAGAAAUAUUUUGACAAAGCAGCCGAUCUUGAUAUGGCUGGGUUACCGAGAAGAAUUAUCAAGGAAACACAACGAUUGCUACAAGAACCAGUACCUGGGAUUCAAGCAAUGCCAGAUGAAAGUAAUGCCAGAUAUUUCCAUGUAAUAGUAGCUGGUCCUGCAGAGUCACCAUAUGAAGGAGGAACAUUUAAAUUAGAACUUUUUUUACCAGAAGAAUACCCAAUGUCAGCACCUAAAGUCCGCUUUAUGACAAAGAUUUAUCAUCCUAAUAUUGAUAAAUUGGGUAGAAUAUGUUUAGAUAUUUUAAAAGGUAAGGAAGUUGCAAGUAAUCUGUUAAGCAUUCACAAAAAAGUGCAUUUAGAAGUUGCUAACGAUGUAGCCGAGCAAUGGAAAGUUAACGAAUCACAAGCAAUACAAACAGCUAAAGCAUGGACAAAACUUUAUGCUUCACUAGAUCGAGAAUGACAACACUACUUAGAGACUGAAUUAGACUCCAUACAUUAUCAACAAAACAUGUAAACAUCACCAAACAAAGACAAAUUGGAUGUUUAUUUUCCUUGGUUUCCAUAGUAACAGCUUUACUUUAUAAGUGCUGUUUAAAAAGUGAUAAUUUCCCCCUGUUUCUGCAUUAAGUGUAUAAGUUUUGAGUGGAUGUUGACUUCAAUGCAUAAUGCACAGAAUUGUUCUCAGUAUUAUUUCCUUGUGAGAUGUUUCAAAUUCAGAAGAAUAUAUUAAUUAAGCAUUAUGUUACAUGUACUUUUGUUGAGUUUCUCAAAAGAAAAUUACAUUUUUUUUUAUAUAAAAGUGCAGUUAAGUUUUGAUAGAAAUAGUAUUUGGGAUACUUUUGUUUUUUGCAUCAGUUUAUUUUAAUUUUUUCUAGUGGGGGAGAAUGAGAAACUAGAAAAAAAUUGAAGAGAUAAUUUGUACUUCAGUGAAAGGGCUAGGUCUAAACACAGAUAGAGAAAAAUACAUCUAUUCAUUUCACAUUCUGUGACAUUAUUAAUUUGAAAAAUUAUACCUAUCUGUUAAUAUUUUGCCAAGUAAUUUUGCUUUGUGUAUUUCUAGAUUUAAUGAAUUUUGUAUAAUGAUCGAAAAUAUCCGAAAAAUAAGGUCUACAAGUGCUUAUAUUCUAACACUUAUAAAUAGUGCUAUAUUAAAUGUCUCAUAAGUGACUGUAGGAAAAUUCUUUUCUUUAAGUUUAGUUUCCGAAAGUGUUAGAAAAUAUGUUACUUUAAAAAAUGAAAAAGUAUAAAUAUGUUGUACAAGAAGAGACCAGGUAUUUUCUUGUGAUUUACUCCUCAUUGAAGAGACCAGGGACUUGUAAUUCUCACCUGCUGGUAUGUAGGUGGAGAUUAAAAGGUUUGCUUGAGAGGAUCUGUAACUUAUUGAAUGUGAACUCACAUGUCAUUAAAAUUUUAUUAAACUUUCAUUUCUAAA